GCUAGGUUUUUUGUUUUUCUUGUGUUUUGGCGGUGAGCGCCAGUGUUACUUAUACGAUUGCUAGCAAACGCUCUCCUCGAUCGAUCGAGAGCCCCCCGCUCCUUCUCCCUCGAUUCGCUAGCUAGAAAUCCUUUGCGAUCCAGUGAUGGAUCAAUGCCGCUGCUGAUCGAAAGCGAAAUAGGGACUGAUCGGCGUGCCAGGCGCAGGGUGUGUCGGUGAUCUCGUCCUGUAGUGCCUUGUGUGUCAAGCAGCGAGCGGCUCCCGGCUUUCUCUUUUCCUUCCUCGUGUUACAGACAUCCCAGCCCGUGAGGAGGUGACAACGCGAGCGCUAUUUAUCUCGAUCUUCGCGAGGAACAGAGGAAAUAUCGCGUCCCAGGGGUUCUUGAUCGAUAUUUCGCUCGAGGAGAUCAUCCAUGGCCAACGCCGCGAUUUCUUCCAGUCCAAUGGGAUCGGUCAGUGCGGGGGGCAGGAAAGACUACCUGCAUGCCUGCAAAUCAGCCAGCUCGUCGCUCGCCAAGCGCGAUUUAUUCGGGGCAGCUCUCCAUCUCAAGAAGAUCCCCGAGAAAUCUAAGCCGAGGAUCGCCAAAUGCCAGGCGGCCCAGAAAGGAGGGAAUGCCGCUCUAUCGUCCGCUGUUCUAGUGGAUUAUCCCCCGCGCGAAGCAAAGCAAGUCGAGCUACCAUUCUCAGUGUUUGAGACCCCGCGCGUGGAUCCCAAGUCGGUCGUCUCCAUCAUCCUGGGAGGCGGCGUUGGAACGCGACUGUUUCCCCUCACAAAGCAAAGGGCAAAGCCUGCGGUGCCAAUUGGCGGUGGCUACCGCUUGAUCGAUGUUCCAAUGAGCAACUGCAUCAACAGCGGGAUCAAUCGAGUUUUCGUACUCACGCAGUUCAACUCGGCGUCGCUCAACCGCCACCUCGCUCGCACCUACAACUUCAUCAAUGCUGGGGAAGGCUUUGUUGAGGUACUGGCAGCAACGCAAACUCCAGGGGAGUCUGGUAUGAAUUGGUUUCAAGGGACCGCGGACGCCGUGAGGCAGUUCACUUGGCUUUUUGAGGAUGUGAGAAACAAGGACGUCGACUACGUGCUUGUUCUCUCCGGUGAUCACCUCUACCGCAUGGACUACAUGGACUUUGUCCAGAAGCACAAGGACUCUGGUGCAGACAUCACCAUCUCAUGUGUUCCUGUGGACGAGAGCCGGGCAUCGGAUUUCGGGCUCGUUAAGACCGACGCGAGGGGCCGGAUCAUCUCGUUUAGCGAGAAGCCCAAAGGCAUGGAUCUGAAAGCAAUGCAAGUUGACACAACUGCGUUGGGUCUUUCACGGGAGGAGGCGAAAAAGAUGCCAUACAUUGCAUCCAUGGGGAUUUACGUGUUUCGCAAAGACGUACUCCUCAAACUCCUCAGAUGGCGGUAUCCUACCUCUAAUGACUUUGGCUCGGAGAUCAUUCCCGCUGCAGCGAACGAGUACAAUGUUCAGGCGUAUCUCUUCAAUGACUACUGGGAAGACAUUGGAACUAUUAAGUCGUUUUUUGACGCUAAUCUCGCUCUCACCGCUCAGCCACCAAAGUUCAGCUUUUACGAUGCUUCCAAUCCCAUCUUCACAUCUCCGCGAUUUUUGCCUCCAACAAAGAUGGAGAAAUGCAGGAUUAUAGAUUCUAUCGUAUCGCACGGCUGCUUUCUAAAGUCCUGCAGUGUGGAGCAUUCACUCAUUGGCGUCCGUUCCAGGCUAGAGUCUGGUGUAGAGCUUAAGGAUACCAUCAUAAUGGGAGCUGAUUCCUAUGAAACUGAGGCCGAGAUUGCUGCACUGAGAGCACAGGGCAAAGUUCCACUUGGUGUGGGCGAGCACACAACAAUGAGGAACUGCUUGGUUGAUAAGAACGCAAGGAUCGGCAGCCAUGUCAUUAUCACAAACACAGAUGGUGUGCAAGAGGCUGAGAGACCAUCCGAAGGAAUCUACAUCCGUUCUGGAAUCACUGUUGUCGUGAAGAACUCGAUACUAAAGGAUGGAACUGUGAUAUAAUCUCCUAGAAAUGUAACAGAAACAAAGCAAAUUUUUGUAAAUAUCUACGGAGUGGAUGCUGGGUCUAGUUACUUACCUGCUCUACUACCAUGUCCAGAAAUCCGGUAUGGCAUAAUGGGAUUCCUUGUAACUAUUAACUCUUC